GCUCAUGAUAUUCAAAAUAUCGAAAAAUCCAUGAUGAAUAUUGAAGAUACUGUUUUUAAAAAGUUUUGUGAAAAAGUUAAUAUUUCAAAUAUACGUCAAUAUGAAGAAGGAUACCUAAAAUAUCAUCAAGAGCAAACAAAGAAAAAACUAGAAUUAGAAGAACAAUAUAGUCGUAUUAAAAAUUUGUUGAAGUUUGAAAAGGAUCGUGAUACGAAAAGUAUAAUUUUAAAGAUGGAAAAAGACUUAAACACGGUUAAAAAUGAAUUGGAACAAGCACGUCAGAAUGAAGUUUUAUGUACAGAGAGUACUGAAUAUGAAACGAACAAAUUAAACAAUUUACGAAGUAAAUGUAAUGAAGCAAAAAUUAACGUUAAUGAGCAGACGAAAAAUGUUAAUGAAUGUAGAUAUAAUAUCGGAAUCAUUGCAAAAUCAAUUAUUAAUACUGAAAAAGAACUUAUAGUAAUUACAACAAAUAUUAAAAAGAAAAAAGUAAAAUAUCAUGCUAUUUUGAAAAAUUGCAAGAUGGAAAAUGUUACUAUUCCACUACUUUCUGGAUGUAACGUAAAUAAUUUUGAAGAUGUACAAAUACUUAGUACGAGCGAUUCAACUCCAAACACAGAUAUGCAAGACAUGUUUAUACCCAUAGAUUUCAAAAUAUUAUCUGAGGAUAUUAGAACUCGAACAGAUGAAAGAGUUAUUAAUUUGAAAAGUAAACUUAUGGAAGAAGUUGAAAAAUUGCAAAAUGAAAUGCAAUCUGUAAAAAAUCCAAAUUUCAAGGCACACAAAGAAAUUGAAUUCGCAGUUGAGAAAUUAAAAGAUACAAAUUUUAAAUACCAGGAAGCACGUGAGAAAAUGAAUGCAAUUAAAAAACAAUUUGAAACAGUGAAACAAGAAAGAUAUAAUAGAUUCACACGUAGUUUAGAAUACGUUGCUACAGAAUUAGAUUCCAUUUAUAAGUGUUUAGUAAAAAGUCAGUCGGCCCAAGCGACUCUUAUACCGGAUAACCCUGAAGAACCAUACCUAGCUGGACUGAAUUAUAGUUGCGUAAUGCCGGGCAAACGAUAUCAGUCGUUUUCAAAUCUCUCUGGGGGAGAAAAAACACUCGCUACACUAGCUAUUUUAUUUGCAAUUCAUAGUUUUAGGCCAGCACCAUUUUGUGUAUUGGAUGAAAUUGAUGCAGCUUUAGAUACCAUAAAUAUAAAAAAUGUCGUGCAAUUUAUAUGUUCUAAAAAGGAAGAGAUGCAGUUUAUCAUUGUAUCUUUAAACCAACAGUUAUACUCACAUGCUGAUGCUCUUAUUGGAGUUUGCUCUGAUACUACUGGAGAAUGUCCAGAAAGUUUAAUAUAUACGCUUUCAUUGAAAGAAUAUUCCACAUCAUACGAGAAAUAAUUUUCUUAUUUUAUGCAAACAUUAUUGUUAAAUGAAAAAUUGAGAAUUUAGUUUUCAGUGUAUGAAUUUAAUAUUCAUAACUCACGGUACAACUAUAUUAUUGAUUUAUUAAAUAGUUAGAUUUUCGCAAUACGCAUUUUAAUUAAAUAAAAUGUA